CCUUCAGCUCUUCUCGCGCUUCCUGAUUCACCUCGCUUACUUUUUGAAGUUCAGACUUUAACCAGCGGGGCUGAGAAUGAGCCAAAGUCGGAGGUUCACAUUGUCUCUCAUGAACUUUCGCCCACAGAUGCCCGUUUUGACGAAGGACUUCGCCAGCAGCCUGAAAUGACUUUUACGAGCUAGGCGGCGGUAUAGAGAAAUAAUAAUAAGACCAGUACUAAUAAUAAAGCCGGGAACCAGAACCAGCAUCAUGCCCGACGUGUCCAAGAUGAAGAAGCCCGAUGUGAAGCUGGUGCUGCUGGGGGACAUGAACGUGGGGAAGACGUCGCUGCUCCACCGGUACAUGGAGAGGAAGUUCAAGGAGACCGUCAGCACCGUCGGAGGGGCGUUUUUCCUCAAACAGUGGGGACCCUACAACAUCUCAAUAUGGGACACGGCCGGCCGGGAACAGUUCCACGGUUUGGGCUCCAUGUACUGUCGAGGGGCGGCCGCCGUCAUCCUCACUUACGACGUCACCAACUGGCAGAGCCUUGCCGAGCUGGAGGAGCGUUUCCUGUCCCUGACUGACACCGCUAACCACGACUGCAUCUUCGCCAUAGUGGGCAACAAGGCCGACCUGACGGACUCUAAAGCCCAGCUGUCCCAGGCCUCAGAUAAACCAUCCGAGGACCAAACUGAGUGCGAGGACGAGAGGACUGAACCACAGGAGUUGCCUGCUUGCCCGACACCCCCGGCUUCCCCCACAUCCCUCUCUGGAGUGAUGCUUCACAAACAGGUAGCACACGAGGACGCCAUAGCUCUUUAUGGGAGAAUACUGCGCUACAAGGGCCUGGACGAAAAGAGCAGCCUGCCAGCGGAGAAAAUGUGCUUCGAGACGAGUGCCAAGACUGGCUACAAUGUGGAUGCUCUGUUUGAGACGCUGUUUGAUCUGGUGCUGCCCUCCAUCCUGAGGAAGAGAAACGAGAACCAGGAGUCUCCCACCGUGGAUCUGGAGGACUACAGGGGGGUAAACCGUAAGAAGGGCAAAUCUGCCUGCUGCUAGCGGCCAAAGAAGUGAGGAGGCUUCGGUUUUAACCAGGGACAAUGAGCAGGCUGGUCUGAGCACCAAGUAUAUACUGUGAUGGUACUACUUUCUGGUUUGAGUGGGACCUAACUGCAUUAAUGACCACUUGGUAACACUCAUAAACUUGUACAUUCUUGAUGAUGUGAAGGGGGUCAGGAAAAGCAAAUAGAGUUCAUAGUGCCUCGAGAAAUUUUAAGUAUUUCUUCGUACGGAAGGGAAAUGAAUGCACAUGGCAUUGUCACUAUGCUUUGAAACCUUCCACUCAAACGACUAAAACUGCACUUAAAUCCCAAAGAUGUGUCUGUGUGCAGAUGACACAGACAAGAAGUCAAUCACUGCUCUUUGUAUUUGUUUUGCUUUGACAAUUUCACACAUUCAACAGCACUAACUGCUAGCUGGGUUGCACGUUGCACUGUGUUUAUUAUAGUCAGAUUUCAAGGUUUUCAUGAAUCACAUUUCACUUUAAUGCUCUGUUACUAGCAUUGAUGCUGAUCUUUGUAUUUUAUUCGCACUUUUGGAGCUUUUUAAUGAGUGUAAAAUGCCCUCGUUGAAUUUUUAAGCAUGUUGUCAUAAUAAAGAUUUUUAUUUUGCA